AUGUGGAUCCAGCUACCAAAUCUGAAGCUCAAUUUGUGGAGUACAACAGGAAUAAGCAAAAUCUCUAGCUUAAUUGGAUGUCCUAUAACUACUGAUAUGCUUACUGCUACCAGACAGAGACUUAGCUAUGCUAGAGUUCUAAUUGAGGUGCAACUACCCCUGAAGAAGGCUCUACCAGACCUAGUUGAAUUUCUAGGACCAGAUGGGAAAAAACACAGUCAGAGGAUUAUCUAUGAACUUAAGCCUAGAUGGUGUUCAAACUGUAAUAUUAUUGGACAUGAUACUGACAAUUGUAGAAGGCAGAAGUUUAAAAAAAUAUGGGUUCCAGUUAAUAGGAAGGAAGAUUCUGAAACUCAAGUAAAUGGCACUCUGUCAGCUAAUACUGAGCAUGUGCAUGUUUCUGAUGGUCUGACUAAUGAUAGUCUGGCUCAAUCAUCUGCUCAACAAAUGAAAGAUCAAUCAAGUACUAAACAUGCACAAAAGGUAUCAGAAGUGAGAACUGAUACUGGGAAAAAUGCUCAUGUUUUACCUGCACCUGGAAAUAAUAUUCAAUUAUCACCUGAUAAAGGGCAAACUGGAGCUGGGAAACAUGCACAGCACAUGAGGUCAAAUAUUGCAAGAAGAGUUCUAGCUAGAGCUCCAGGGAAUCAAAUCCAGUGUGUCAAAACUUCUAUGCAAUAUGUUACAUGUUCAGUCAGCACAAAGGAUGGCAGGCUCGCUUGCUUAAUGACUGUGGUUUAUGCUCUGAAUCAAAGAGAUGGAAGAAAAGUAUUAUGGCAGGAACUUCAAGGCUUCAAGCUAUCAGUUGAUUGCCCAUGGCUAGUUGGGGGAGAUUUUAAUGCCAUUAUCAAUGGUGAUGAAAAAUUGGGAGGUGCACCAACUACAGGAGCAGAUACUGAAGAUUUUCAACACUUCAUUUCUUCUAAUCAACUGGUGCAUAUUAAGACUACUGGGUGCUACUACACAUGGAAUAACAAACAGGAAGCUGAUACUAGAGUUUGGAGUAGAUUAGACAGAGUUUUGGUCAAUGACUUAUGGAUCCUACAGUAUACAACAAGUCAAGUAGACUUUUUACAGCCAGUCUGUUCUGAUCAUUCUCCAGCCCUCCUUACAGUUGGAGAUGAUGAUUUUCAGGGGAAAAAACCAUUCAAAAUUUUCAAGAUGUGGACUAAACAUACUGAAUAUCUCUCUAUAGUCAGAUCUAUUUGGCAGCAGGAUGUGCAAGGCUAUUAUAUGUACAAACUAUCUUCCAAGCUGAAAAUGCUCAAACCUGCCCUCAAAGAAUUAAAUAGAAGACAUUUCAUGAAUAUUAGUGAAUAG